CUUCGAGUCUCGCGUACUCCUGACUUCUCUUUCUUAGUGGCCCAAACGUAGACACACUGGCAAGCUGGCAAGCUGGCACCUCCCAGUGAGGCGAAAGAGGCCCCCCCUCCUCCCGCAUCCCGUUCCAAUGGAACUUGUCUCCUGCCUCCCAGUGGACGACGCACGCGACUGGACCGGGUCCAACUCGCCAGCGCCAGCAAUAGCCCCCCCGCAAAACACCAGCGGUCAGCCGAUCCUCUCUGGCGUGUGACGCUAUCCCAAUGCCCCUCGAGUCUCGUCUCAUCUCAGGCCUGCCCACGGAGCACCUACGGCCUGCAGUUCGCCCCCUUCGCUGUCGUUCGUUCCUUUCGUCUAUCGUCUUUCACCACUCUUUGAUUGCUUGUCUUUGCUUCUACCUUACUCCUAUACUGCUCCUUUACCAGCAAACCAGGCAGACUAGGCACGUACCUAGCCUACCCACCCACCUUGACAUCCACCUCACCCUUUUCCCCCCAGCCCUGUGCCUCGACCCAUCAUGACCACCUUUGUGACUAUAUACCAUUAUAUACACCAUCCGACCUCCCCUUCUUCUUCCCUCCCCCCUCGACACUACUAUCCUACUUAUUCUUGACAUAUGGCUCACUCCCGGCUUUGAUAUCUGCCCACCUUGCCACCUUCUCCUGCUAGCACACAUCUCCCGCCACACCUUUACAUUCUCUCACAUCCUCGCACACCUUCUGCCCUUUCCGGCCUCCCAACCGACGAUCUCGAACAAUAAUGGGACGCUCUCACCGCAGAGGCCCUGACUACGACCUGGACCCUUACGAGCCUUACGGUCGCUCUUACGACACUGCUGCAGACCCCUACGCUCAGUAUCCAUCUCGUGGACGCAGUCCUGGUCCUCGUCGCCGCAAUAAAUCAGAACCUGCCGCACCCCCGGCUGCCUAUGACAACUAUCAACGCGAACAACGCGAACCAGAGCCUAGGGAACAGCCACGGGAACACCGCGAGAGCCGUAAAUCACGCAGGGACGCCGUCCCGGAAUCCUACGCUCCCCAACCAGAACAGAGGGAAGAUCGAAAGAGUCGCAAGAACCGAUACUACGACGAAGACGCCUAUCAACCACGGGCACGGAGCCACGGCCGCUCCGCCCGGGAACCCCCCGCCACUGCUCACCACCGUACCGACGACGACGCCUUCGACGCAUAUGCCCCCGCCUCUCGCCGCGGCCGGGAGCGUCAGCAUGCCUAUCACCCGCCCCGGACGAGCGACACGAGGCGCUCCAAGUAUGCUGACUUUGACGCCGAGCCUCGUUAUCCCGACAGACGCUCCCGUUAUCCCGACUACGACGAUGUUGAUCCCUAUAAUAACGAGUCGCGCCGUUCCAAGAAUGAUGGGCCACGCGAGAGUGAUAGACGGCGUUCGCGCUACGCUGACUACGAGGGCGUCCCCCGCGGCAGUAGCGAAUCAAAUCGCGGUCGUCAUGUAGAUUACGAGGCUGAUCCCCGUUCGAAUCCGAGAGGAUAUGCCGGUCACAGCCAGGGUGGCCGAGGUCGCUACAUGAAUGACUCGCCUGAGCGGUAUGGCCAACCAGGUGGCGGUCAGCAACGCUCUGCCAGAGGACGGUCCAUGCCUAGAAAAGGUGCAGCAGGUGGUACCUCUGGUACAGCUCGGCCUCGAGCCAAGUCAGCUGUUGGUUACGCUGCGCUGGGUGAAGCCGCCCAGACAGCCUUUAGAGUGGGAAGUCAGGCAGCUCUCCAGAUGAAGAGUGAGCCCGGCCCGUGGAUAGGCGAGAAAGGUACGCGGGUCGCCACGGCUGCUCUGGGCGCCGCCCUCGUGGACACAUUUGUAGGUCACAAGGCCACAGGCAUGAAGGGUGGCAUGCGCCAUCAAGCUUUGCGCCAGGCAUGCGAGAUGGGUAUUCGCAACUUUGUCGUCCAACCUACUGUGAACACGGCGACCCGACGCAGUGGCAGUUGGGGCGGCCAUGGCACUGGUAGUGGUGGGGGUCAGAGCAGCAGUGGGAGAAGACGACACUGAUCAUAUCGAAUUAUCGAUGUGUUGUCCAUCUUAUUUGAGAUGCUACUUGAAAUGUGGUUGGGUUCCGCGAUGCACAUCAUCCUGUUCUAUAUCUUCCCGAACAUACCAAGUCCCUCCUCUGCUUUCUUUCCUAUGGCUUUUUACUGGUUUUACGGGGGCGGCGUUAUCGCAUAAAGUGCUAUCAAGAAGGCCCGAAUUUUUUUUUAAAGCUUAGAAGCGGCAUGGCAGCAUGUUAACGGUAGACGAGUAACGAGUCUCAAUGAAUCAAAUGACGAUGAAAAUUACAACACC